GGACGUCGAUAUAUACAACCAACGAUAUUAUCUCGAGCAAGGACCGGUGGAUCCAACCGACUUGUACGACCAACCCAACCAUCGGUCAAGGGAUGUUUGGAACGAUCACCCGUAGGCACAAACAAUAAUCCGCUACAGGGGUACCACCAAUGUGCUCCUAUUCCACCUAGCUAUCUUGCCAUUUCUCAAAAGGGCACGGUUAGACUCGAU